AUGUCGACUGCUACCGACCAGGUAGUUGUUCCCAGUGAGGGCGAGCCAUCUGCGAUUCCGCAGGGUCUUGCUUCGCCACCAGAAAGCAACAACACUAUCAGAACCGAUCCAUCAAGCGACUCAGAAUUAUCAGAUCUCGAGUUUACAGCAGAUGAGCCAAUUGAACCAGAACAUUGGGAAGACGAUGGCAGAGUCCCUGUUUUUAUGCCGACCAUGCCUCAGUUCAAGGACUUUAAUCUCUUCAUGGAUAAAGUCAAUAAAUAUGGUAUGAAAUCUGGUAUUGUCAAGGUUAUCCCACCACCCGAAUGGAAAGCUGCCCUUCCACCGCUCGACGACGCUAUAAAAACGAUUAGAGUGAAGGAUCCGAUUAAACAAGAUAUCAUGGGUCAGAGCGGAACAUACCGACAAGCUAACAUUCUCCAUCAACGUUCUUACAACCUUCCACAAUGGCGACAGUUGUGCGACCAAAGCGAACAUCAACCUCCGGCCAAGAGAGGUGAAAGGAGAGCCAAUGUUGAAAAGGUUAAAGCUACAACUAGAGCAAAGGCUUCAACACCGGGAGGAAAAAGAAAACCUGGCCGGCCGUCCAGACUUAAGACAAAUGCUACUGUCGAUUCAGAAGGUGGAACUCCAGAUCGUUUACCGACUCCAAUAUCUCCGAAAACCGAAGGUGAUUCAUCGUCCGUCAAGCAAGAAGUAAACGAGGAUGAUACGCCUGUCAAACCAAAGGGGGGAAGACAGCCUAAAGCCAUAUCUGUUUCUUCUCGUCGUAAGAACAAUCGCCGUGGUGAAGCAGGCGUAGUAGACGAAGCCGCGUUUGAGAACUUCAAUUACGAGCUAGAGGGUGAAGAUUACUCGGCGGAGAGGUGUGAAGAAUUGGAACGACACUAUUGGCGUACCCUCACAUAUGCCCCACCACUUUAUGGAGCGGAUAUGAUGGGAUCAUUGUUCGAUGACAAAACGACUGAAUGGAACCUUGGAAAGUUGCCUAAUAUACUUGAUCAUUUGGGCGGGCAAAUUCCUGGUGUCAACACUGCAUAUCUUUACUUGGGCAUGUGGAAAGCUACAUUUGCCUGGCAUUUGGAGGAUGUCGACCUCUAUAGUAUCAACUAUCUUCACUUUGGCGCACCGAAGCAAUGGUACAGUAUCUCUCAGGGGGAUGCACGACGAUUCGAAGCUGCGAUGAAAAACAUCUGGCCAGCUGAUGCUAAAGCUUGUAGCGAAUUCCUUCGUCACAAAACAUUUUUGAUAUCACCUCAGCACUUGUUGUCAAACUAUAACAUCAAGGUCAACAAAAUUGUUCACCGACCAGGAGAGUUUGUGAUUACCUUCCCAUACGGAUAUCAUUCUGGAUACAAUCUCGGGUACAAUUGCGCUGAGGCUGUUAACUUUGGUUUACCAUCUUGGCUUGAAUACGGAAAGGUGGCUAAGAAGUGCGACUGUGAUCAAGCUCAAGACAGCGUUUGGAUCAAUGUUCGGGAUUUAGAACGCAAAAUGAAUGGCGAAGAGACUGAAUAUGAAACCGACUUUGACGAGGAUGAAGAAGAAGAGGAAGACGACGAAAAUGAAACGACAGAUCUCCCUACUCCCCCUGACAGCAGUGGCGACGCAAAGGUUAAAACUAAAUCACAACGCAAGAGAAAGCGUGUCAAGAGUGAGUCGGACGAGCAGCAAAAUGUGAAGAGAAUUCGAAUGCGCAUCAAAGCACCGGUCAACGAACCUUGUGUCUUGUGUCCCAACGACAUUCCCUCCGAGCCUCUACUCCCAACCGAGGAUGGUAAACAGGCACAUCGUAUGUGUGCUCAGUACAUUCCAGAAACGAUCGUUGAAGAAGCGGACAAGAAAGAAGUGGUUACGGGCAUCAAGGAGAUUUCCAAAGCUCGAUUUGACCUCAAGUGCAACUAUUGCCGCUCGAAGAAAGGUGCAUGCUUUCAAUGCUCUAAGAAGAAGUGUACAAGAGCAUAUCAUGCGACCUGCGCAGCAGCUGCAGGCGUCUUUGUUGAGCAAGGUGAAAUUCCAGUGUUUGGAGAGGAUGGUACCGAGUACAAAGAGUGGGGCAUCGAAUUCAGUUGUCGCUUCCAUCGCAUCAAACGCGAUAAGAGGCUGGACAGCGAUUCUCUCGAGGAAGACGACCGUAUUCGUAAUGGUGCCAAGGAGUUGAAGGUUGGCGAAGUCUGUCAAAUGCAGUUUCACAAGGGCGACAUAUUUGCAGGUACCAUCAUCGAGAAUCGGAAAGAUGAAGAGACAGUGCUUGUUGAUAUUCUGCCUCGCGGGUUCGUAAAAACUUUUUAUAGUUGUAUGAUGAUCUUGCUAACUCUUCUUUUAGUGACCCGCGUUGAAGUCGAAUAUAAAUGGAUUCUCAUCCCUGACGCGUCAUUCUUUACUCUCGCCAAGCCAUCCGAGAAAGCAAUCCCCAUGCCAAAAUCUCGUAUUGAGGCAGCGUCACUCAACACCACAAAACGUCAAGUAGAUGAUAUUCCAAGAGCUGAAGAUCCAUUUGUCAAGGGCUUCACAUGGGCAGAGUUUAAUACAGAAAGUAUCGCUCGCAAUGCGGCACAGGUCAAAUUAGAUUUGAGCAAGGAGAACCAAGUUUGGUAUUAUCUUGGAAAGAACUCCACAGAGGCUAGGGCACAAUUUACGGAAGAUCUAAGGAUCCAGAGACACAAUCCUAAAGGUCAUUUCCUUGAUACAAUUCCCAAACCGGCUACAGCUGCGCCACGUACAUCUUAUGCAGCCUCAUAUCCUACAUCCACGAACAAAAUUUCUGCAACCACAACAAAGAUGCCCACAGCCAACACUUCCAAUAUGGGCCCGGCGGCACAGGCAAUGCAGAAGAUGGCUGCUACCAAACUUGUGAACCAACCGGCACCAUCCUCUGGAACUUCCGCGCCUUUUGUUGCGAGGUCAGAGAAACCAUAUGUGUAUAAGCCUCGUAAAUCUGAAGAUGGUUAUCACAGUGGUUUGAUAGAUGCGCAAUCAUACCAAUCUCAACAAGCUUUCUUGCGACAGUCAGCGGCAUCUAGGCCUGUCCAAGUACCUGCAGUUGGUCUCAACUUUGGUACUGAUCCCAGAUUUCAAAACAACCCGGCGUCUCCUGCGCCCACUUCCACUACUCCUCCCGCAACUGGUUCUACGAAUCAAUCUGCGGCUGUUCCUCCGAAAGCCGCUUAUACACCAAAUAAUAGCUAUGCUCCACAAGUCAGCUAUCCUCCACAAGUCAAUUAUGCACCACAAGUUAAAUAUGCUCCACCACGCCAGCCUCAUCAAGCAGCUACACCGCGUCAUCCCCAACCAACUGCUAGUCCACUGGCUCCACCCAAUACAAAUUAUCGACCAACUCAGUCGUUGGCGAAAGGAAACAAUCCUUUUAGUAGUAGAGCAGCUGCCCCUAAAAUGGGAAACGUUUUUGCGAAGUAUCUCUACUUGCAGAUCGAGCAUAACCGCUCACCUAUGGAAUAUAAGAGCCCCUACAGAGAAGGUGGAGGAUUCAUGAAUGGUUACCAAGGAAAUUGGACAGAGCAUCUCAAGAAGACCCUAUUUGCAAAAUCGGGAUCAUCUACAGCAUCAACCCCAACCUCAAUUUCUUCCUACACCGGGGGUGUUGGCAGGAAAGCAUCUUAUCCUACUUCUUAUACCCCCCAAUCUUCCCGCGGUUCCUAUUCCUCCAAUGGGCCCCAAAUAUAUUCCCCGGCAACCUCAUCUGCAAGACCAAGCUAUUCUUCACCUUCCAUACCCAGACAUCAGCAAACACCAACUCAACAGGUUACGCCUAAGCCGUACGAUACGAAUCAAUGGGAAAGGAAAGACUCGCCCUUGCACCCAGCUAUUCGGAAGGAGUACAGCUCGAUGUUUCACAAUCACCACGUGCCGCAGCCACAAGGUCAGCAACAAAAUCCUCAGCAGCAAGGUCGUCAGCAACACAACCACAAAAGUCACGGUUCUACUCAGUAUCCAAAUUCAUCUUACCUUCCGUCUGGUGGCCAAGGCUCUCCCACGCAAUCUGGAUUCGCGUCUCAAGUGGCGAAAACAAUCGAGUCCAAGCAAGCUCAGCAAACUGAGGAACCUCAGAAGUCCCAACAAAUUCAACCUCCGCAAUCUCAACCUGCGCCUCAAGUUGCACAGAAGAUUGGCGAUAAUCCAUUGUCACAGCCUCAACCGGUUGCGAAAGCUUCUCUCAUUACUCCUCCCUCAUAUUCUCCUCCUCUCGCCCAGAGAGAACCCAGUCAGCAACCGAUCGAUGCCUCAAAUCAGUCUCAGGUCCCACCUCAACCUCCUCAGCAGGAGGCGAAACCCAUCUACCCUCAUCAGCAACAUUUCCAAACCCUCAACGCUUCGCAGGCACAGCCACAAACUUUUGCUCCUCCUCCGCAAACCCAUGACUUACCAGACGUACCAAUUGACUCAGAGUCUUUAAUUGAAGACAUGCUGAAGAAUUUGAGAAAGGUUACAACAGGCACGACAAAGUAG